GUGGAAAUGGCUCGUUUCUUUUUGCUGCAGGUUUUGCUCGCCGCCGCCCUGGCCAACGAAUCUCCAAACAAGUCGCUAGACUCUGAAUUUCGAGAGGAAAUGCUGAAGAAUUUGAACGAAACGAAUGAAAAACUGGACAAUAUGAUGAGAAUCGUCAACGAGCAGCCCGCGCAAAUGAGGAGACUGGUGGAGGAGCAAAUCGAAAAGUUAGUAACAUUUUGCAACGCGACCAACGACAAAGUGGACCAACUGGCCAAAACUGUCGACCUGCGCCUCAAUUAGCAGCAGACAAUGGAAAGAGUUGAGAAAUAUUUAAACGAGAUGUUCAACAAGCUUAUAGAGAAGCAAAUCGAUCAGGUUUUAGAAAAAGACACGGAAAUGGAAGAGAAGAGGAGGAACGACAGAGGAAAGCUGGACGCUUUGGCAAAUAUUGCUGAACGUCACAUCCAGGUGACUGAAUCAACUCUCCUGGAAUGCAACCUCGCUCGUUCUUCGAACCUGACAGAGCUGUCCAAUGGCAAGAAUUACUCCUUCCAUCAAACUCGUGCAAACUGGACUUUCGCAAGCGAGUUUUGCAGCAAAAAAGGCCUCAACUUGGCCACAAUCACAGAUGAAAAUGACGCACAGGUGGUCGCUGCAGAAGGACGAAGAAUUUACAAUGAUGGUUGGUGGGUUUCGGCCCGAAACGUUGAAAGGGAAUUCCAGUGGCUCGACGGAUCCGUGUUGGAAUUGGACAGUCCGUUGUGGAGGGACGGGACGGACAAGACCAAGGACUGCGUUUACAUCUAUAAUUACAGCAAUGGAAAAUUGAGGAGCCGUGCAUGCAACGAAAAUCUGCCGUUCAUUUGCGAACUGCCCAGCGAAUGUUACUGAAGUUGAAAUCCAAGUUUUUUUUUAUUGCAACGACGGAUUACAAAUAUAUUUCAAAUAGUUUGGCAUCUCUGAUUUUUGAGAAUUUUUGUAAUUUAAGAUAAGAUUUUGGAUUAAAAUUAAUCAGACUAAUUUCAGGCGUUGUUUAUUAUUCAACUUAAUUUAAAUUUGAUAAGUGACAAUAAA